AUGUCCGACGACGAAGAUAAGAAGUAUCCAAUGAUUAAAUUCACACCAGAGGAAGACAAAGAACUCAGACGUCUUAUAGUAGAAGAGAAGUUGAAGAAUUGGGUAACAAUUGCCUCAAGAAUGCCGGGUCGCAAUGUUCACCAAUGCCAUGAUCGUUGGAAAAACGUGUUAUCAAAGAGAAGAAAUAGCGUUGUAUGGACUGGUGAUGAAGAUGAAACUUUAAUUCAAAAAUACAAGAUAUUGGGUCGUAGAUGGAAUAAGAUUCAAAUUUACUUACCUGGUCAUUCUGUUUCUCAGAUCAAAUCACGCCUUCAAAAACUAGAAAAAGAAUCCACUCAAUCACCAGAAACUUAUAUACCCCCAAAACAAAUUGAAAUCUUAAGAAAAAAUAAUUUAGAAGCGCCAGCGGCGGAUCCUUUUGAUGCUACGAACCUCGAGACUUUUUUUGAGUCUAUCGACUUCACUUCUAACGAUAAUGAGUUUGGAUUUGAUUGA